UAACUCGGGCACCGGUCCCCACAACAGUUAGUCGAGAGAUUCAGCUUCGGGCGAGCACUUCGUUACGUAACCGCCGUGUUGUUCAUUUUCAUCUAUUUGUUUGUCGCUUUCCGUAUCAAGAACUGUGUGUGAUCGUGCGAAAAAAAAAUGAGUGGGAACGAGGAGCGAGCUGAUCUCGAGGACCAGCAGGCUGGCGGCAAGAAAAUGGAGAUCCUGCUGGAGCUGAACCUCAAGCAGAAGUUGGCCACUCGGAUGUGCAUUAUUCUCUCUGGGACGGUGAUCUUUGCUGCGUUCUGCUGGGACAAUGCCUUGGCCAGCCUCGCGCUGGGAGCUGUGGUGGCCCUGCUCCUGCGGAGCCCCAAGUAUGUGUUUGCCUUACUAAUGACGGCCUCUAGGGACUUUAUGGCUUUUCAGCGUUUCGUAGCCCUAAAUCUGUAUCUGCUCAACACGGAUCGGAGAGGCCUUACCGUGGCACGAUGGUUUCAAAAGCAGGCACGGGCGAAUCCUAAGAAGUCCUGCUUUGUGAUGGACGACCGCAAGAUGAGUUUCGCCGAGGCCCUGGAGCUCAGCCAGAAGGUGGCUGGCUACUUCCGAGAUCGUGGCCUGCAGAACGGCGACUGUGUGGCUCUCUUCAUGGAGACCCGCCUGGAGUACCCUUGCAUUUGGCUGGGACUCUCCCAGCUGGGGGUGAUCACUGCCUUAAUAAACUCCAACCUGCGCGGCGAUUCCCUGCUCCACUCGAUCAAGGUGGCCAACGCCAAGGCCCUGAUUGUGAGCAGCGAGUUGGUCGACGGACUGCAAUCGCUGGGCGACAAGGAUGAGAUUCGGGGCCUGCCCAUCUACCAGUUUACGGAUGAUGAGUCCAAGAACCCCUCUGGGCAUGAUCUCCUGCCGAAGGCUGUAGAUCUGACCCUGGCUUUGAAGACUCAGCAGAAGUGGGAGCUGCCACACACAGCCUCCUCGAAAGAAGUCCAGUCGAAGCUGCUCUAUGUGUACACCUCUGGAACCACCGGAUUGCCAAAAGCUGCUGUGAUUACCAACCUGCGCUUCAUUUUCAUGGCUGCCGGAUCCUUUUAUAUGUUGAAACUGAGCUCCGACGAUGUGGUCUACAAUCCUCUGCCUCUCUACCACACGGCGGGCGGAAUAGUGGGCGUGGGAAACGCCAUUCUGAACGGAUCGACGGUGGUGCUGCGCAAGAAGUUCUCGGCCAAGAAUUUCUGGCUGGACUGCAGCCGCUACAACUGCUCCGUGGCUCAGUAUAUCGGGGAACUCUGCCGAUACCUGCUGGCCACGCCCUACACCCCCGAGCAGCAAAGGCAUAACCUCCGGCUCAUGUACGGAAACGGAUUGAGGCCACAGAUCUGGUCGCAGUUUGUUCGUCGCUUCGGCAUUCCGCACAUUGGAGAGAUCUACGGGGCUACGGAAGGAAACUCCAACCUGAUCAACAUCACCAACCGAGUGGGUGCCAUCGGGUUUGUGCCCGUCUACGGCAGUCGCGUCUAUCCCGUGCAGGUGCUGAGAUGCGACGAGCUAACCGGCGAGCUGUUGAAGAACCCCCAGGGCUACUGCAUCAGAUGCAAGCCGGGAGAGGCGGGCUUGCUGGUGGGAAAGGUGGAUGCCCGCCGGGCGGUCAGUGCCUUCCAUGGAUAUGCGGACAAGGGUGCCUCCGAACAGAAGCUUUUGAGAAAUGUGUUCACUCAGGGAGACGUCUUCUUCAACUCUGGCGACAUGGUGGUCUGUGAUAUUCUCGGCUACUUCUACUUCAAGGAUCGCACAGGGGACACCUUCCGCUGGAGAGGAGAGAACGUGGCCACCCAGGAGGUGGAGGCCAUUAUCACGAACUGCGUCGGCUUCGAAGACUGUGUGGUUUAUGGAGUGCAGAUCCCCCAUGUUGAGGGAAAGGCUGGCAUGGCAGCAAUAGUAGAUCCCAACCGAAAGGUGGAUAUGGGUUACCUCUCCGUCGUGCUCCGGGGCAGCCUUCCGCCGUACGCUCGCCCGCUCUUCAUCCGGCUGAUGGACGAGAUUCCGCGAACAGCGACCUUCAAGCUGAAGAAGCGGGAACUUGCCCAGGAGGGCUACGACCUGAAAAUUCUCACCGAUCCCAUAUACUACCUGAAUCGAGAUGGCAUUUACCGCCCGCUGAGUCAGGAGCAGUACGAGGCUCUCCGUUCCGGCAGAGCCGGUCUCUGAGGAUAUGGCAGGUCCUAGCUGCCCACCUACUCCCAUGUAUAUAGAUAUAGUCAAACGUGUUUGUGUCCGAUGUAUUUUUAACGCUUUAACAACGACUGAUACCAAUGGUGA